AUGUCUCAAAGAACUCUUCCUUUUCCUGCCCUGCUCAUCAUAAACCUCGGCGGAAAAAUUAUCUACAUUCUGGAUCAGCGCCUCCGAGUGCAGGAUGAGAACGAUGAUAAAACUCAGAGAGGUAACCAACACCGUUGGACAGUUGAUGACAGGAAAAGAGUAAUGAAUGAUAUAGUGGGCACUAUGUUCAAUAAGGCUUUUCUAGGGGCGCUCUUGCGGCAGCAGGAUCUGUACUCCCACCGAGCCCUGCGGACAGUUUUGACACGGAUAGCACAUGCCUCUAUUAUGCGUCUAAACCCGGCCAGCAUGGACAAGCUGUACGAUUUGAUGGCUAUGGCCUUUAAGAAUCAGAUCGUUCUGAGUCCACGUCCACAAGAUUUACUGCUUAUCACCUUCAACCACACAGACACCAUCAAGGAACUGGUUAAGGAUAAUCCCAGCCUAGUUAACCAGAUCAGUGAAGCCCAGAGGCAGCUUAUUGAGGAAAAAGUAUACACACCCUUAUCCGAUGGUGAGUUUCAUCUCAUCCGACAUACGCUGCUGGUUCUCUUUCAAGAUAUGCAAAUCAGGGUCUCGAUUUUCUUGAAAGAAAAAAUCCAGAACCCAAAUGGCCAUUUUGUUGUGCAGACCUCAGGGCCGGUGCCUUACGGAUUUGAGGUUCCUGGUUUAAUCAGGUAA